UAAUUAUGAAAGGCAAAACAAAACAAACAUGCAACCAAAGCAAUUGAUUGUGGGUUUAAAAAUAUUUGCCUAUGCAUUUUAAUGAACUUGAACUGAUGCUAUGUAUUUUAGAAAGGCAACAUAUUCUUUAGUACUUAGCAGCUUUUAAAUGCGCCAUUUAGUCAAGCCAUGGCUAUUCCAGGUGUCAAUUAAGGAAGGACCCAAGAUUCAUACGAGCUAAUGAAAACAAUACAGCCGUGAGAGGCAUUAAUCCAAGACGUUGGGAACAGCAUGAAACCAUGUGUGUGUUUUACAUUCUGCCUGGAAAUGAACUGAAUUAAUUAGGGAGGGCCACCUAGAGAGGGAUUUUCAUGACCAUGGCAUUAGUGGACUGUUAUUUCUUCUGGGACAUUCUGUUGGACUGUCAAUGUGUCAGUCUCUCUUCAUUAUAACAAAAAAAAGAUCCACAUUUUUUCUUCUUCAAAGCACGUUUAUCUGAACAUCUAUUUUUAAAUUAAUGAUUUCCCUUUUUCUUUUUUAACAAGUUUGUCCUUUUUCUGGUUUGAUUUUGUGUGUCACCAUGUCACACAUGGCAACUGAGAUUAUAGCCUUUGUGCUCUCAGUGUCAGGAUGGGUAUUGGUAAGCUCUACUUUACCAACCGACUACUGGAAGGUCUCCAGUAUUGAUGGCACUGUUAUCACUACUGCAACCUUCUGGUCCAACCUCUGGAAAACGUGUGUGACCGACUCAACCGGAGUCUCUAACUGUAAGGACUUCCCGUCUAUGCUGGCAUUGGAAGGGUAUAUCCAAGCCUGUCGUGGUUUGAUGAUAGCAGCAGUCAGUCUGGGAUUUUUUGGUUCGAUUUUUGUACUUGUUGGGAUGAAAUGCACCAAAAUUGGAGGCUCAGAAAACACCAAAGGAAAACUCACCUUCUUCGCUGGCCUGCUCUACAUACUCAGUGGUCUGUGUGCCAUGACUGGAAUCUCCCUCUAUGCUCACAAGAUAACCUCAGAGUUCUUUGAUCCAUUCUACGUGGAGCAGAAGUAUGAACUAGGAGCUGCACUGUUUAUUGGAUGGGGAGGAUCGUCACUUAGCAUCAUUGGAGGUUCUAUCCUCUGUUUGUCACUGAAAGAAAGCAUAAAGGCAGCCAGAAUCACGUAUUCCUACAAUGGAGUGACAUCAGUACGAUCAGCGCGCACUAACCUCCAAAACCGCCACAACACACAGAGGGGAUUGCCUAAACAGUUUGACAAGAAUGCCUAUGUGUAAUUGACUAUGGUGGUUUAGAAGCCAUUCUGGCUACAUUUGAACCUGGCAUAUCCAACAUAACAUCUACGAUUAAAAGAAGACAUUGCUCCCACAUGUUUGAUGGAAGUCAGUCACUAUCCCAAAAUAUUAGACUGCAACAUAGGAUACCUUGACAAGUCCAGACGUGAAUUUGAAGAUUGCUCUGUGUGAGGUUCAUGUGUCUAAUCCUAUUUUCGGUAGAGACCUAAUCUUAUGGACCAGGUUAUGUCAUUACCACGCAAAUCCUAAAACAAGAACGUGGUAUUAAGGAUGGCCUGCAACAUUCUUAAUACAUGAAUAUGUGUGAACACGGCUCCAGGUCAGUCUCCCAUCUCCACCUCCAGUAACACACGGACCAGAUGCUGGCUCUAUCCAUCACAGAUUCCAAUGAGCAAAAAAUAAUUCUGGUUGGUCGCACGCCCAGUAAAAUCACCUUUAUUUCAGCAAGUCCAUAAAAACAUUCUGUAAACAUGAGCUUGCGUUUUACAGUGUAAUCAAGAGGUUGCAGAGAAAGAAAUAAAGCUAUUGUGCUGUUUGAUCUGCA